AUGGCAAUUUUGGUCAGCGCUAUCGAAACCAGAGUGCUCCUAGAACAGCUAUCUAGCAACUGGAAAAUGGAAAGAGUAGAUGCAGCACCUACAAAGGCUCAGCGACAACAACUUCAGGCAGCAACAGGGGUUUCUGGUGUCAGCAUUCUGUUCCAAUUGUACAAGUUGUACCAGUUCAAUCCAGUUUUGGACAUGAGUAUUGAUCGAAUGCACCUCACUUUUAACAUGCUAAAAAGGGAGUUCAUAGACAAGAUGUGGGCAGAUAUUAGAGAGAAUGCUGAUGAAGAAGUCAAUGCCAGAGAUCCUGAAGUUGGUGGACUUCUUGAUCAUGAAGAGUUCAAGCAUGCCCUCGAGUGUAUUAACUGGACUAAGGAAGAAAAAGAAAAAGGUGUUGGUGGAAUUAGAUCAUUAACAGACAAGCUAGGAAGUUGGAAGUCAAAUGAAUUUAAAAGGUACAGUAACAUAAGUCUAUAGUAUUUAAAAGGUACAGUAACAUAAGUCUAUAGUGCAUGCAUGAAUUACAUGCAGUAAUAUACCAUGUACCUUAAAUUGUACUUGUUCUAUGCCACUGGAAGUUCUUUUGACAGAUAUUACAUGUAGCCAUCACUGAUGAUUGUGCUAUGCAGAAUUGGUGUGACUAUAACAAAGCAAAAAGUGUUAACAAUACUUAAGGUGGCUCGCUACAUUUUUUAAAAAUUAACGAUUUUCUGAUUUGGCUCUGAAUUUCGGGAGAAUUAUUAUUUGUUUUACAACAAUGAGUAUCUGACUGGCAUAACACAAUUAACACACAUCUACUCAUAACAGCCAUUGCUAUGGCAACAAUGAUGUCACAACAUAGCAGAUACUUUGUUUAAUAAUAAAAGUAAUAUAACUCGAAAAAGGUCGAUUGCCCCCAUUUAUUUCAUAAAAUAAUUUCUGUUUGAAUUAUUAUUCUAAUUUUUAUAGAUAAUAAUUUUUUCGCCAUUACAGAACUUUUUAAAUCAUGAAAAUAAUUCAAAAUACUAAAAGAAAUCAUUUUAUGAAAUAAAAAAUGGGGUAACUGAACUUUUCUUCAAGUUGAGUUACUUUAAACAUAAAAUAUCCCUUCUGUUAUGAUGUCUGUGUUGCCAUAGCAAUAGCAGUUAGGAGUAGCGAGAAUUUUGAACUCCUUUGUUAUUGCGUAAAACCAGUCAGACACUCUUCAAAUAAUAAUUCUCCAGAAAUUCAUAUCCAAGUUAGAAAAUGUUUAAUUUUAAAAAAGUGUAGCGAGUCACCCUGUAGGGAGCAUGUAAAGCCGCAAAUGAAUAAAUAACAUUGCAACAGAAUUGUCUGUAUGACUCCAAAAAGAAUGAGUGAAAUAAUUAUGUUGUGUGUAUUGUAUUCCACAUUCCGUUUUAUUCUCAUUCUACACAAAUUUAGCAGUGUUGCAAAAGAGGUAUUGGCUGAAAGAAUACCCUCAAAGGCUUAUGAUUGCUAUAUGCUACUGUGUGAUGCUGUUCAAAUGUUGUACAGCACACAACUACAAGUAACAGGAUGGGAAAAUCACCGCAUUGAACGACUUGAGAAACUACUAUGA